AUGUGUGGGAUUUUUGACACCGAACCUGUGCUAAGCAGGCUAUGGAAAGCGCCUUAUACUGACCCUUACUAUGAUAUCCCCGUUGAAGUCUCUUUUUCUGAGCAACAAACUAUCAAGGGUGGACGGGAAGGUUAUAAUUAUGCUCAUAGAAUUGGAGUUCUAUUUGAGUUUCCGCACAACAUCACAAAAGUUAGGUCAAAGGUAGGUGUAUCGUUUAUUUCAACGGAGAAGGCGUGUGAGUUCAUAAAAGAGAUUCCUUCCUGGAAACUCAAUGACACCACCAGCGCCGCAAAGGAGCGAUGGAACGAGGAAGUACUCGGCAGGAUUACCGUGCCCGAUAAAAGCAACUUGACUCGGACAACAAUGCUAUAUUCUGCUCUAUAUCGUUCUCAUCUUACCCCAAGCAAUCGUACAGGCGAAAACCCACAUUGGGAAUCGCAGGAGCCAUACUACGAUGAUUAUUAUGCUAUUUGGGAUACGUUCAGGUGUCUUAACAGCCUUUACUUGCUUUUAGAGCCAAAAAGAGCUACCGAGAUCAUUCGUUCCUUAAUUGAUAUUUGGAGAUUUGAACGAUUUAUGCCAGAUGGUAGGAGUGGAAAUUCUAACGGAAGGGUUCAGGGCGGAAGCAACGCAGAUAAUGUCCUAGCCGAUGCCUAUGUUAAAGGCCUCCGAGCCGGUAUAAACUGGACGGACGGUUAUUUGGCGAUGAAAACCGACGCGGAGACUGAGCCGUACAAUAAUUUCGAUGUCGCCGAUCCCUCCGGUUCGACAAAAGAAGGACGUGGUGCGCUACCUGAUUGGCUUAAAUAUGGACAUAUCACGCCCAAAUUUGGCCGAGCAAUUAGCCGUACUGUCGAGUACGCGCUCAACGACUUUGCUUUGAGUCAAGUUGCCAAGGAAUUGGCCCCCAAUGAUUUCCAAAAGUACCGCAAUCGAAGUGCGGGAUGGCAAAAGAUCUGGCAUCGCGAUAUUGCACGGCUUAACUUUAGUGGCUAUCUUGCACCGACCUGGGAAAAUGGCACUGUAGCUGCCGGGUUCGAUCCACUGGACUGCGGAGAAUGUGAAUGGACCUCUCACUGCUACGAAGCGCUGCCAAUUGAAUAUUCUUGGUCUAUCCCUUUUGACAUGGAAACUUUGAUCUCGCUAAUGGGAGGACCGGAUAUGGCUGAGAGAAGACUAGACACAAUGUUCACUCCCGGCCUAAAAUCCACAGGUGUCGGUUCCGGCGGAGCCAACGGGAUCGGAACAACCCUCUUUAACCCGGGAAAUGAACCAAGCUUUUCCACUCCCUUCCUAUACAACUAUUUCCAGGGUAAACAAGCCAAAACUGUCCAACGGACGCGGGAAAUCAUCGACACAUACUAUGGGACACACGCUUCAGGCCUCCCUGGGAACAGUGAUGGAGGCGCCUUAGAUUCAUGGCUUAUUUGGAAUUUUCUUGGGUUAUAUCCUGUUGUCACACAGCCUAUAUACCUUCUUUCGAGUCCCUGGUUUAGCAACAUAAGCGUUUCGGUUGGCGAGAAUGCGACUUUAACCAUCACCGCUACAAAUCUAAGCGACCAGAGCUAUUACGUGCAAAGCGUCAAAGUCAAUGGGCGACAGUGGGAUAAGAGCUGGGUAGGCCAUGAUGAUAUCAAAGAUGGGGGCAUCAUUGAAUUUGAGCUGGGCACGAAGAUGGCCGCUUGGGAUAUUGGCGAGCUGCCUCCCAGCCCUGGGCACUUGGUUCCAAGUCUAUGA